AUGGGGCAUAUAUAUGAAUUGAUUGGACACGAACCCCCAGCUGUGAUCAAGUACAUGGCGUGCAACAAUGACAAAGAUCGUGAAAUGUUCAAGAAUGAAUGUGAAGCUUUGAAGACGCUAUAUCAUGUAAAUGUUGUCCGAUUGUAUCGAUAUACAGAAGAAGGAAUAAAAGUCGGAAUUAUGAUGGAAUAUUGUGAGAAGGGACCACUCAAGGCAGUGAUCUUUGAUCCAACAAUCACAUAUUCAAUGAACACUGUUCUCACCUGGGCAAUCGAAUUAUUUGAUGCCAUUAAUCACAUGUAUCAGAAACACAAAUUGGUACAUCGAGAUAUCAAACCAGACAACAUUUUUGUAACAAAUGAAUACCAGCUGAAGAUUGGUGAUUUCGGAUUGGUGAAAGUAGUGGGAGAUGGGACUGUUACGGGGACGUUUAUUGGAACGCCACGAUAUAUGGGUCCACCUGAAAUGAAGGAGGAUGGGGUACAACGGGAUGUUUAUGAACAAAUAAAGGGGGCUGAUGUAUCGGAUUCCCAUCGAAAUGAUGUCUACAGUCUGGGACUUGUUAUGUGGGAAAUCAUCGAAAGAAGAACCAUCUUCACAAACUAUGAGAGGUCUGGAGGAAAUUCGAAAAGUCAUCUUGAGAUGUAC